ACAGCGCGAUGGCGGCGGCUCCUUCAGGCAGCUGAAGGGGGAUUUAGGCCCGGAAGAUCCGAGUCCAUCCGUGGCGGGGAGAGGGCAAGUGGGGCCGGCAGAGGCCGGACCAGGGGCGGCGGCACUCGGACUGUCCCAUCCGCCCCGUAUUGUGGCGCUGGGAGCGGCGGGGCGGACGGAAAGCGAUGGUGAAAGCGGGGCCGUGAGGGGGGCGGAGCCGGCAGCCGGACCCGCAGUAGCGGCAGCAGCGGCGCCGCCUCCCCGAGCUCAGACCCAGGAAGCGGCCGGGAGGGCAGGAGGGAGCCGGGCCCGCCGCCGCCGCCAUGGAGCUCAGAGUCGGGAACAGGUACCGGCUUGGCCGGAAGAUCGGCAGCGGCUCUUUCGGAGACAUCUAUCUCGGUACGGACAUUGUUGCAGGAGAAGAAGUUGCCAUCAAGCUUGAAUGUGUCAAAACCAAACACCCUCAGCUCCACAUUGAGAGCAAAAUCUACAAAAUGAUGCAGGGAGGAGUGGGCAUCCCCACCAUCCGGUGGUGCGGGGCGGAGGGGGACUACAACGUCAUGGUGAUGGAGCUGCUGGGACCAAGCCUGGAGGACCUCUUCAACUUCUGCUCGAGGAAGUUCAGUCUCAAGACCGUCCUGCUGCUGGCCGACCAGAUGAUCAGCCGGAUCGAGUACAUCCACUCAAAGAACUUCAUCCACCGAGAUGUGAAACCGGACAACUUCCUCAUGGGGCUGGGCAAGAAGGGCAACCUGGUCUACAUCAUAGACUUCGGCCUGGCCAAGAAGUACAGGGAUGCCAGGACCCACCAGCAUAUCCCCUACCGUGAGAACAAAAACCUCACUGGGACGGCGCGGUACGCCUCCAUCAACACGCACCUUGGAAUCGAGCAAUCUCGGAGGGACGACCUGGAGUCGCUGGGCUACGUGCUCAUGUACUUCAACCUGGGCUCCCUGCCCUGGCAGGGGCUGAAGGCUGCCACCAAGAGGCAGAAGUAUGAGCGCAUCAGUGAGAAGAAGAUGUCCACGCCCAUCGAAGUACUGUGCAAAGGCUAUCCAUCCGAGUUUGCCACCUACCUGAAUUUCUGCCGUUCCCUGCGUUUCGAUGACAAGCCUGACUACUCGUACCUGAGGCAGCUCUUCAGGAACCUGUUCCACCGCCAGGGCUUCUCCUAUGACUACGUGUUUGACUGGAACAUGCUCAAGUUUGGUGCCAGCCGGGCAGCUGAUGAUGCUGACCGGGAACGCCGGGACCGCGAGGAGCGAUUGAGACACUCCCGAAAUCCAGCCACCCGAGGGCUCCCUUCCACAGCCUCAGGCCGGCUGCGGGGAACACAAGAAGUGGCUGCCCCUGCCCCCCUCACCCCUACCUCACACACUGCUAACACCUCUCCUCGGCCCGUGUCCGGCAUGGAAAGAGAGCGGAAAGUGAGUAUGCGGCUGCACCGCGGCGCCCCUGCCAACAUCUCCUCGUCAGAUCUCACAGGCCGACAAGAUGCCUCCCGCAUGUCAACCUCACAGAAUAGCGCCCCCUUCGAGCACCACGGCAAGUAGCUGCACGUCUCCCGCGGAGGCAGCGCCGAUUCCCGGUCGGGUGGCUUCCAGUGGUCUUCAGUCUGUCGUGCACCGAUGAGAACUCUCCUUUUUGCUGUGAAGGGCAGACAAUGAAUGCAUGGCUGAUCUACUCUGUUACAUGGCUUUACUAGUGACGCUCCCCGGUCUAGGACACCGGGUGCUCUCCAGGCCACCCACCCAGCAACGCCUGUGGGGAAACAAGACAGACUAAACCGGACAGACUCCAAGUGCUGCCGCCGGGGCUCCCCUGAGGCCCGUGCGAACUCGCCGUCACGGGGCUGGGACGGAGCGCCGAGAGCAGGACCAGACUCCCGUCCGGAGCCUUUCGCCCCGCCCGGUGGCUCCGCGCUCCCUGAUGAGUCUGCUGUGACACCAUCUUCUACUUGGUUCUGACAGUUUUGUAUCAUUUUGCUAAAAAUUACUGGCUUAAAUCUGUGUAAAGAAAUCUUUUUAUUGUUUUUUUCUUGUCUGUUUCCGCGGUCUUAAAAAAGAUGUUGACCUCAAAAUGUCCCGACUCAGAUGCCGGCGUGGAGUUUCUGUGUAGACUGAGGCAGGCUCGGGGCCUGUGCCGCCAGCGAUGUUUCCUGCUUCUGUUUGGCAUAGUCCACUGUGGAGAGGGGUGUUCUCCCAGAAAUUGUCACGUGUACACGUGUGUAACGUGUGUCUGUGCGUGUGUUGUGUGCUGUAUCCUGUGACCUCACCUGGUUUUGGCCGUCACUCCCCACCGUAAACUGAGCCGCCAGGACUCGAGUCGUCAGAGCCGACAGAGUUCACCCACGAGCAGGGGCCUCGUGUUGCUUCAGGCGGAGCUGAGCGCUGAUGCACCUUCCCAGACGCUGCGACGGAGGCAGGUGCCUGGGACUCGGAGCGGAGGCUGCGCCGGGCCCUCCCGGGCUGUGUGCGGUGACUUUGCUGGUAGUUGUUGCCUCAAUGCCUUUGGAUUUGGGGUAUUUUCUAAACAGACUGUAAAUAAUAGUGGUGCAGAGUGGCCCUUAACAUGUGCGAGCAUCUGUGCGCUCAGACCAAGCACGGGGUGUCCGCCCAGGAUGCGGGUUGCCCAGAAAAGGGCUGGCCCCAGGGAAUCCCCUCAGAAGUGCCAAGAAUCAGGUGACUCGUGACCUGAAGGGCCAGGAGGGUGUAGUAUGCUUUCACGAGCGUCUCGGGGACACGGUGAGCCCACAGAGGUCUCACCAGAAAGACCCUCAGGGUGCUGGGCUCCCCGUGGUCGUCUCCUCCUGAGGCCCCAGGCGGUGGCGCCAGGAGCCCGUCUGGGGACGAGGUGCGAUGCGGACAUCCGUAGGUACUUCCCUUCUCCCUGUCACCCACUGCAGAGGUGCUUGGAACGGGAGCUCGUAGGAAGCUCUUAGCCCGAAAGUGUUCAGGGCUGUGUCCCUUCUGCCCCGAAGUCCUGCAGCACAGGGGUGCUGGUCCUGGGACGGCCAGACGCGGGUGCGCUGGCUACCUGCACGCGUUUGGGGUCAGGGCAGGUGGGGGCUUCCCUCCGGAGGUGAGGGCUGCGGCACGAGCUGUGGAUAGCCGCGCCCGUAGCACCUGCCGAGCCGCAGUGGCAGUCUGCAGCCGUGUUGGUGGUGUCUGACCUGUGCAUCUGUGUGACCACUGUAUUUGUGUACUUACCCACCAUGUAAAUAAUAAAUAUAUGACAACAUCUA